UUUCUCUCUUUCUUCCUCUCAGACAUCGAAAAUGGCUUUAUACAUACAGCAAUUCUAUAUAUAGAUGCGAAGUUAAUCGAAGCAGCAGCCGAAGGAUCAGAAGCUUUCCCUGUUUGGAAGAGAGAGAUUUCAGUUCCGAGGCAGCCGCCGGCGCCGCGGCGGAGAAUAUUCAGAUUUGUUCAAAGCUGCAUGCAGUGAAUGCGUGCGAACUGCUCAUUUUCAGAGCUGUUUGGUUUUGAUCGUUUUCGUCAGGUUUUGGCGAAGAGAUUGUGAGAGAGAGAGAAAUAGAGGAGAAGUUAACGACGGUGGUGGUGGAGGCUUAGGUGAGUCAGAGUCAGUGGUUAUGGUUAUGGAACAGUGAAUUAAACACAAGUGUUUGCAUUCAGAAAGAAGAAAAAGACAAGUGUGUAAGAGACGUAGACAAAGAUGUUGACAUGUAUUACUUGCUCAAAGCAAAGAAUCGAAGAUGGAGAAGAUGCCCCGCGUGGGGCUUCUAAUACAAAAGACGCCGUCAAAAGCCUGACUUCUCAGAUUAAGGACAUUGCAUUGAAGGUGUCAGGAUCAGCAUCCAAAUCGAAGAGUGAUAACUUCAAGAUAGGACAAAGAGCAUACCCGGAAUUCGACACGAUUUCGGAGCGAGUCCCGCACCCUUAUCUGCAAGGCGGGAGCUCCAGCUCCACCCCUGUUUGGGCCCGAACCCCCCGGGCCGGGCCCGGGCCCGGGCUUGAGUCGGUUUCUGCUCAGUUCGGAGAAAUAACGAUACAUGAUGAGGACGAGCCUAGAGAGUGGAUGGCACAGGUGGAGCCCGGCGUUCAAAUUACGUUCAUAUCCCUCCCUCGCGGUGGCAACGAUCUCAAACGCAUCCGUUUCAGCCGGGAGAUGUUCAACAAAUGGCAAGCACAGAGGUGGUGGGGAGAGAAUUUCGACCGAAUAAUGGAGCUCUACAACGUGCAGAAAUUCCACCAGCAAGUCAUGAACACUCCUGGCAGAUCCGAGGAUGGAGGAAGGGAUUCGAGCUAUUCUCGGGUAGGAUCGACGCUCGGAAGUCCCCGGAUGGCGGCGCCGGCAAUGACUCCUCGAUACAGCAGCAGCCAGUACUACUGCAAUAAUCCGGGGGCCGGGGCCGGGGUGGGGGCGGGGGCAGGGCCUAGCAACUACCCCUACCACUACCCCUACAAUGGGUACCCCAACCGAAUGUCGUCGAUGGAGGCGUCGAGGACGACCACCUCAUCUCGCGACGAGACGGGCUCGGUUUCUAUAAGCAAUGCGAGCGAGGUCGAGGUAGAGUGGAUCGAAGAAGACCAGCCUGGCGUCUUCAUUACUAUCCGACAGUUUGCUGAUGGAACUCGGGAGCUCCGCCGCGUCCGCUUCAGUCGGGAGAAAUUUGGAGAAGUGGAUGCAAAGCAGUGGUGGGAAGCAAACAGGGACAGGAUCCAGUCUCAGUAUCUGUCUUAGCUAAUUAAGACAAGAUACAUAUUUAUACAUUCAGACAAAAUCUGAUGUUUGAGGCAAGGUACAUUUUCUCUCCUUUCCAUUCCUCAACUUGAAAGUAGUAUGAUAUAAAUAAGAUUUUUAGAGAGAGAGAGAGAGGAGUGGGUUUGAAUGUUUGACAAUAUGUGUAGCUUUGUUUUUAUUAGAGAGACAGAUUAUUAUUAUUACUAUACCUUUUGGAAACUAUGAUUUCUCUGAGAUAUUUUUAGGGAUGGUUAAUUUGUUGGCAUUUUAAUGUGGUUUUUAUGUUGUUCUUUCAGGGAAAAUGAGUCAUAUAUGUUUUUAAAUGCUAAUGUAGUUAGUGAUUUAUUUUGGGAUUUUAUAGUAUCACUGGUAGAAUUUGAAGGUUGGUUU